AUUGAUCCGAUUGAGCCGAUUGAUCUGAUUAGUAGAACCUUAUUAUAUGAUUUCGAUUUUCCUAUUAUCCGUUUUGUUUAUAGAAAGCAAAAUCAUGGGAUUUCACUUACAUCCAUUUACCUCCUUUAUCAUUUGUCGUGGUACAACGUUGUACUGUACCUUCGUCGGUGGUACCUACCUUUGUCAAUGGAGCAUAUAGAUAAUCCAUCCCUAGAUCACAUGGAUUUUAUCCAUGACAUUAGUCAAUCACGUGUAUGGAUGAUCGAUCCAUCUUAUUUAUGUAAUGUAUGUAAACGGAGGAUCCUUCGAGGUUUCCUCAUCAAGUUUCGGUCAUAG